AAGUAUGCAGCAUUUAUUGAUAAACUAAUUAAAUUAUAAUUAACUUCAAAAACACAAAAACAAUUUCAAGAAAAUGAGUACAAGAGAUUGGAUCUCGGUGCAAAAAAGACUAAACAAAUUAAACAAAAUGUGCAAUAACAACGAUAAGACUAAAGUAAACAAAAGCAAAUAUAAACAAAUUACUAUAGAAAAAAUGCUACAGCAAACAAAUUGAAUUUGAAUGGGUAAUGCGGGAUGAAGUGCAUUCGAUACUUAAAAAUCUACGUGAAAUAUUAGUGGAAUGUGCAAAGCGUUUUCCAGUUCCAUUGUAUGAGAAUGAAGGCAAACGUACUGAAAAGUUUGUGCUCUCAACACCACAGGAUCAGCUCAAAUGCUCUGUUACCUUAACCGGUGACAGCAUAACGCAGGCGGAUAUAAGUUUCAAAUUGAAACGAGCUUCAAGUCAAGUACAACGUACUUCUAUUUGUCCAGAUCAACCGUGGAAAUUGCAACAAGUCCAAGACGCUGCAAAUCACCUACAGCAAGCUAUCAAUCAUAUUGAUAACGUGGACGAAAACUAUAUCUUUAAAUCAUGCGAAGAAGUUCUGCAAAUUGUAAGUGAACUAAUAGGUGCUUUACAACGAGGUCGUACUAGUUUAAUAAUACCAAAGAAAAAAGCAAUCGACGAGCUUAUGAAAGGACGUAAUAUGAAAUCUCUUACGCCCAACUUACCAGAGGAUAUAGCAAUAUCAUUUUUUUUACAAUGUCAUAAAUUAAUUAUAGCUGUCUAUCAAUUGCUCAAUGUACAGGGAACAAUGAAAAUGGAAGCUACACAAGCCGAAUGCUCAGUAGGUUGGUUAAAUGAAGUUUUGGUGCUAUUCACCGUUGGACUAACAUUGUGUCAACAACUCAAGGAUAAAAUAAAUGCAUUUAAAAUUGAUAAGCCAAGUUAGUAAUAAGGUUGUAUAUAUAUUAUAUACAUAGA